AUGCUAUUCUGUCCGACCUGCGCGAACCUGCUCAUCAUCAACAACGAGACGGGCUACAACAAAUGGGCCUGCAAUACCUGCGCCUACGAGUUUCCCAUCACGAAGCAGAUGACCUCUCGUACACACUUGAAGCGGAAAGCGGUGGACGACGUGCUGGGUGGAGAUGAGCAGUGGAAGAACGCGGACUCGACGGACGCCUAUGCGUGUCCGAAGUGCAACAACGAGCGAGCCUACUACUACCAGCUUCAAAUCCGUUCGGCGGACGAGCCUAUGACUACUUUCCUUCGCUGCACUGCGUGCUCGCAUCAAUGGCGUGAGGGAUAG